AUGGCGGAGCUAGUGGAAGGUGUUCAGUAUGGUUUGUCAUCGCAGGGAAAUAAUAGUGAUAAGUCGUUGAUAUUUGUGAAACUCACGGAUUCUGCGUAUCGUGCUAUUGAAAGCUAUUUGAAGAAUCAGAGCAAGUUUACCAGAUCACCUACUAUCCAGUUCCUAGGCAACGAGGGGACCCUAACCUUUCCGUCAUGCGAGUCCAGCCUUGGCCAAGCAGGCUUCAAGUUCAGCCUGUCGACAAACGCAGAUAUCGAGGGGCCACAAGGAAGUUUCGAAUGCGUCAAGCAGAACAGUUCCACGUCACUGGAGCCCUUGGGUGCACUACCGUGCAAAAUGCGAAUACAUGCCAAAGAUGACGUAUAUGACAGGACAAGAGACCAGUUGGCAAAAGCAGAAGAGAACCAGAAAAGGAACUGCACAAGAGAAAUAAAGCCUGGAGGUCCAGGCAUUGGCAAAAAGGUGAAAAUAAAAGUGAGAGGUAUUCCUGCUAGGAAUAUUGGCAACACAGUCCCACCUGUGCAGAAAGAAAAGGACUUGCCUGUUCUGAACACUCGGCAACCGCCCGCCAGCAAACCGUUUCCGUCAAAUGUGAAGCCGUCUACGAAUGGUUACCUUCCUGCCCACAACAGCAUGUCCAGUGGGGGUUCUCCCCAAAACUCCAUCCGAACCAAACCUUCAGGGAACACCGGUGGCCAGAAGACUGUUAACACAGAUAUCAUGCGGCGGCCUCUAAGGGAACGGCUAAUACACCUUCUUGCUGUCAGACCAUACAAGAAACCAGAAGUGUAUGAGAGACUCAGAAAAGAUGGUAUAACAGACCGCGACAGAAAGUGUGUCAGUGAUGUUCUCAAGCAGAUAGCACGCAUGACAGAGAACACAUUUCAUCUAAUGCGUAACAUAUGGAAUGAUGUACAAGAGGACUGGCCUUUCUAUAGCGAGCAGGAAAGACAGAUGCUGAAGCGCCACAAGCCGCAGAACCUCACACCCCCAGGGAGCAGUGAUGGUGGCAGCUCGGGCAGUGGACACUCUCCUACCAGCACCCACCCGGGCAGCCCACCACCACCUGUGUCUUCAAAUCUCAAGAGGCCUGGAUAUUUUGAAGGCGCAGAUGGACUACCUUCCAAGAAGCAUCGCGUAUCACAUUAUCGGAAACCAGAUCAGCAGCUGCCAUCCACGAGGACAGGAAAUAGUAAUAAUAAUAAUAAUAGUAGUGGUGGUGCAGCUGCCGGACUUCCUUCACUCCUGGAUGGGGUUAGGCAUGUCAAUACUCCAGAACGCGAUGAGGAAGAAAACAGGGACAGGAGACCAUAUGUGGAAAGGGAUAACCUUUCUUCUGAUAGGAGAACUUUUAGUGAACGAGAAGGGCCAUCAUCGGACAGGCGGUUUAGUGACAGAGAUAGUGCUUCAUCUGAUAGACGUUCCCUUGCUGAAAGGAAUAGUACUUUUGCAGAGAGGCGGCCCUUAAGUGGUGAAAACGUUUUGGAAAGGCGACCAUUAGCAAUGGAAACAGAAAGUGGCAGCUCCGACAGGCGUUACUGUGGACCGGAUAGGGGCAGUUUUUCUACUGCAGACAGAGAAAGAAGACAGUUUGCAUCUGAUACUGUUGCUGAGAGUGUGUUUAGUGUAGUGAGUAACAAGGAAAUGUCCUCCACAAGUGUGCACAGUGAUACAGUUGAUCGCUCAGCUGUUCAGUGUUUUAAUCAGUCACCUAACACUUCAUCACCUGGCAGAAGCAGUGGUUUAAAUGGCAGUAACAAAACACUGAGGGAAGAGAGUGUAUGGGGAAAGACAGAAAGUGGCAGGGUUCCAAGCCCAUCCGCCAGUGCCAGGAAUAGUGGUAGAUACCAGGACAGUCGAAAUGACAGGUGGAAUGGUAAUUGCAAUAACAGCAGUUCCUUCAGCAGAAAUGCUGGGAAUGGUAAUUACAAUGGUGUCUCCAAUAACAGUGUCAGUGGUGGUGGCAGCAACAGCAGCAAUCGCAACAUCAAUAACAAUGUAAGCAACAGGAGUAAUGCAAGCAACAACUUAAGCCAUAGUAAUAGCAACAGUGACCAGAGAAAUGGCUACUCCAGCGGCCAUGUACCUUCUUCCUCUAACACAGAGAAUACUGUUGCUGCAACAGCAGAUUCUUACUCCAGUCCCCACUGUCAACAGGAAGCUGUUGAUCAACCAUUAAAUGGCGAACUUCCAUUUGCUGAUUAUCUUUCGAACUACACAAAAAUAAUGAACAGUGAGCAACGGAGUAAAUACAAAGCAGACUUCAAUGCAGAUUAUUCAGAAUACAGAAGACUUCACUCUGAAGUUGAAAAAGUUUCUCAGAGAUUUGCUCAUUUAGAAAAGAGCUUAAACCAACAAGUAAAGUUUAGCUCUGGAUGGAAGAGCAUUCAGAAACAAAUUAUUCGGGAAUAUGAAGAAACCAAACGGGAUCAGAAGCUCCAAGGAAUCAAAAAGAGGUUUCAGUAUCUGCAUGAAAAAUUAUCACACAUCAAACGCCUGGUUUCUGAAUAUGAUGCAGCACAGAACUGGAAGAAUUACACAAAAAUAAUGAACAGGGAGCAAUGGAGUAAAUAUAAAGCCGACUUCAAUGCAGAUUAUUCAGAAUACAGAAGACUUCACUCUGAAGUUGAAAAAGUUUCCCAGAGAUUUGCUGAUUUAGAAAAGAGCUUAAAGCAACAAGUAAAGUUUAGCCCUGAAUGGAAGAGCAUACAAAAACAAAUUAUUCAGGAAUAUGAGGAAACAAAGCGUGAUCAGGAGUUCCAAGAUGCCAAGAAGAGGUUUCAGUAUCUGCAUGAAAAACUGUCACUCAUCAAACGCCUGGUUUCUGAAUACAAUGCAGCACAGAAUUAUACUGACCCUUACCUCACUCAGCACAUGAAAUGCUGCCUGUAACGUUCCAAGGGCGAUCAGUUGAGCAAGAAUCUCAUUGUGGUGAACUGACAUUGUGCUUAGUACUUUCUUGCAAGUUUCAUUACACAUUUCAAAAUGUAGCAUAGUAAUUCCUAUCAUACUUGUCACAUAUACUAAGGGCUGUUGGUCUGGAGAGGAUAAUGUGUGCAGUUAUGAUGACUGAAAGUUUUAAAAAAUAGAGGACAUUAAGUCAGUAUUGGAUAUAGCCUUCGUACUGUGUUGUAUGGUUAUUUGCUUAACUUGAAAGGUUGAAGAGUUAACUUAAGAGGAUUUUUACUUUUCCUGUCAAGGAUGUUGUUUUGAUUUUGAAAUGUGUGACGAACUGAAUUUCAGGCUUCCUUCGUAAUUGGUAAAUGUAAGAAAUUUUUGCAGACUUAAGCUCAUUGUCAAGUCAUAGAUUGCAGUCAGAAAGAUUGUUUUUGCUUGCAACGUCACCAUGAAGAAAGUGGAAUAAUGAGCUGUGCAUUUAUUUUUGGAUAAUUGUUAAUAUUAAUUACACAAUCCUGAUACAUUCACAGUGGGACAAUAAUAUCUUGUUAAUUACUGGGAACAUAUAUGUGAGGUGGUGCUGUAUCUACAUAAAAGUGAAGAAAAAUCAAUAUCUUUCCAA